AACUGUACGAGGAGUAUAAAAAAAUAAUAUUGACUAACAUGGCGAAACAAAUACGAAUGGUACUGAUAGAUCUCAGUGGGACGCUACAUAUUGAUAACACAGUGAUUCCUGGUGCGAUCGAAGCUUUAAACAGGCUUCGAAACGCCAAAAUACCUUUAAAAUUCGUCACGAACACAACGAAAGAGUCCAGUAAUUUUUUAUACAACCGAUUAACGAAACUUGGCUUUGAGAUUAAGAAGGAAGAGAUCUUUAGUUCGUUGGCUGCAGCGAGAAGAUUGAUCGUUUCGCGGGAGUUGAAUCCAAUGUUGCUGAUAGAUCCAGCUGCUGACGAAGAUUUCGAGGGUUUGGUAAAGAACAACGAAAAGAUAAAUGCUGUGGUAAUUGGACUCGCACCGAACAAAUUCCAUUACGACGAAUUAAACAAGGCGUUUAGGUACAUUUUCUAUGGCGCGUCGCUUAUAGCAAUUCAUAAGGGACGAUAUUACAAACGACCAGAUGGCUUGGCUCUUGGUCCAGGCGCAUUUAUCGCAGGAUUAGAAUAUUCCGCUAACGUAACGGCUGAAGUUGUUGGUAAACCAACCGCGGAAUUUUUCAAAGCUGCUCUGGAACAUAUACCUCCAGAAGAAGCAGUCAUGAUCGGCGAUGAUGUUAAAGAUGACAUAGCUGGCGCGCAAGCUAUUGGCAUGAGAGGUCUUUUAGUACAAACUGGAAAAUACCGAGAAGGUGAUGAGAAUACAAUUGUACCAUUACCCGCGAAAGUAUGCAGCUCGUUUGUGGAAGCUGUGGAACAUAUUAUUAAAAUGGAAGUGUAGAUAUACUGGUAUUGCAUUAGUAAUUAAUUAUCGAAGUACACGUGUAUAAGUUAUUCUGUAUUAAAUUAGAUGUUUUAUUUAAUUAUUAAUAAUUCCAUAAUGGUGUACAUGAUCUGGAGUAAUUUCACAAUAUAGCUGUUUCGAAAUGUCAAUUAAAAGUUAAUUACAUAGAAAUCGAUGCGGUGACUUUCAUGAUCCUAAACGGGUACAUUCGAAUUUUUUAUUGUUCUACUUAAUCGUUGGUAAAUAAGUUAUAUAACAUUUUUUUUCUAUAUUUUGUAACUCGAAAUGGAUAAAAAUAGACCACUUUUUCAACCAUUGAACGAAUAUCGUCUCAUUGCAUGAUUAGUUGUAGAAAAAUUGUAGAAAAUUUCAUCUACUACGAUGUAACGAUAUUACAUUAUAUAAGUUCGUUUAUAAAUAAUAACGAAACCAUUUUUAUCGAGUCCAGAUAUUUCUAGGUGUGAGACGAUAUUUUCUAAAUAUUUGUCCCUCUAAGAGCAGAAGAAAAAAUAAUCGUUGUAAAUCUGAAUUGCUACUAAUAUGCGGCCUUAGUUAAUAAAUAUAUUAUAACUACUUUAUUUAGUAAGUUUUCAUUGAAAGCAUGUUUACAGAAAAGAUUUAAUCUCUCUUUAAAAGGAAUUGGUGCAUUGCAACAUUUAUUUCAGUAUAAAAUUUGGCACCAUUCUGCAAGUUCUUUAUUUCUUUUUUUUUUUACGUGAGGACUAACAAACUUUGAAGAUGUUCACUGUCCAUUGCUAAAAAGAUAGGGUAUAUAAUUAGUUUUGAUUCGAAGUUAUUCUUACGUCUCGAACGUGCAAUUACAAGAGUUUCUUCUGUUUUAAUGUUAUACAUUAAUACUUCCAUUAAUGAACAAUGUUAUUUAUUUAGUGAGGAAGGCUCAGUUAUAAUUUUCAUGAAUACUGUAUGAAAUGUAUAUCUCGUAUCUAAAACUAAUAUAAUAUUACCUACGCGUGAAAUCGAUGAACAGUAUGAACGCUAAUAAACUUUCGUGAAUUUCUAUCGCAGUAUGCAAGUAAUAGAUAGAAAUUUGAUUAUAGUUCGAAAAAAAAAGAACUUAAAGGAAUUUUCUUCGCGCAAGGGAGCAACAAUAAUAAAUUAUUAGAAAAUAUUCGACAAUUAAUGCCUAAAACACGCGCGGUCGACGGUUUUGUUACGCCUAGUAUUAUAAAAAUAAACAUUAAAAUCUACGAAUGAACGGUAUAAAUUCAUAACUAAACACUGGACUUUGACGAAAUAUUUUCUAUGAUUAUGCAUCGCAACGGUGUAACUUACAAUUGAUAUUAUUUCAAAAGGACCAAUACAUCAGUUCAUAAUCGAAAUGCCCUCUACAACUUAUAAUCUAUGAUCAGGCACAUGUUGAUUUCCUGUCGCAAUAACGAGGGUCAUUUUAAGAAAAUAUAUGUUUCAGUUAAAAAGAAAUAAUAAAAUGCGAGAAUAAUUACCACUAACUCUUUGCAAAAAUAUACAUAUAAUGCUGAUAUACAAACAUAAAAAUGAAUCAAACUUAACUACAACUGUACAGUACUUUUUGGUAGCCAUUCUCUUAAUCAACGUGUCAUUGGCUCGAGACAAGUCGAUCAUUGACCUCUAACGAUACAUAUACGAUCGAAGAAGAAAAUUAAGUAGCGGUAAAUUAUUUCUUUACAUCACCAACCGAGUGUAACAAAAGCUUAGCAAAUAAAUACACUUAUAAUAUACAGUAUUAUGCAGCACAUUAAAAUGUAACAAUGGAAUAAUCUCUAGAUUCGUUAAAAAAUUGCGUCAAUGUCAUUUCAAUAACAUAAAAUGUUACAACAUUUAGGGCCGUAUUAAUAAAGAACAAUUAUCUCUUUUUUUUCUCUUUAAUAGAAAAAUUAAGCGUUUAUCCCAAUUUCACGGAAUUGGUGUAAAAGCUCCAGUUUUCGAUACAACAUUUGUUUCAAUUUUAUUUAUACAGCCCACCACCGUAACCAGGGGACGUUACUUACAGUCGCAUUUGUAUAUACAGUUCAUAAGAUUCUAGUAGAGUGAAUAUUUUUAACAUAAGACCAACUACAUAUUCUUUUAUCUGUUACAGUUGUCUCCUAAGGCCAAAUUCUACCAAUGCGGCUAUAUUCGUUUAACUGACAACUAUAGUUAGUGUAUUUAUAUUUUCCUUCUCAUACGAAACAUCGUUAUAUAUCUCAUAAAUACAUAUUUAAUUAAUGGAAGUUCCACCAGAGAUAGAAUUUGACCUUAUUACACUGAAGACGGGCAUACUGUUAUUUCCUAUGUUUAUUAACAGGAAAUAUUGAACUGUUAAUUUGGCUGCUCAAAUGUAAUUUGAUUAAUAGUAAAUUGACAUUUCCUUCUUCUCUUUAUAGUUUGCUUCCUUUGUGAUAACAAGGCAGGUGUGUGGAGUACUACUAACGCACAUCAUAGAAUACAUACAUUUCAUUUGUUUAAUAAAUACACGAGUUUCUUAUUUGAUUGAAAAAUAAAAUAGUACUACUUACAAUUUACGAAAUACAGCUAAGUGAAAUUAACACAGAAAAAUUUGAGAAGUAUCGUGUGAACAUGGCAUUUAGAGAAAAUGAAAAUAAAUAAUUUCCUGGGCCAUACGAUCCUGUCCCUCGUUUUGUGCUUAACUUUCUCACUGGUACUUUUGAAGUGGGAAGACGAUAAAUGGCUGACGACAAGCAUUUAAUACUGUACACCCAGGUACGAAAAACAUAUGUCUCUAAAAGUACACUAACUGAAAUUGGUAUUUCACGUCGUAGGGAUGAGUUUGGCCUCAGGAUAUAAAUAUACAAAUAUGAGCAAUUUAUGCUAAUACUUCCACACGUUAUUGCUUUCAAACGCAUUCAGUUCCAAGUACUCUGUGCGCGACCUGGCCUCUACUCGUCUUCAGUUGCGAUAUCUAAUGGAACAUCCACCGAAAAUCGAUUGAAUAUUUCAUGAAGAGGAGGUAGCGUGAGAUGCCACACUCUGCAACUAGUCCACAUGUCUUCCGUUACUC